AUGGAAAUUCAAGAAAACCAUCAAGAUUCAUGGUCAGAGACAGAAAGCAAUAGCAGCACAAGAAUUGGCUACAGUGGUCCGUUAAGCGGUCCAUUGGUGACCACCGCUAGGAAAAGCAGCAGCAAGAAAAGUGCAAGAUUCAGAGAUGAAGAAUACGUUGAAAUCACUCUAGAUGUUCGUGAUGAUUCAGUUUCUGUGCAGAACAUCAGGGGAGGUGAUCCAGAGGCAGCAUAUCUUGCCAGUCAAUUGGAGAGAAAGCACCAUUCACUUGGGUCACAGCUUUCUUUCAAGCUAAGGCGAGUUUCGCAUGAACUUAAAAGGAUGACAUCUUCCAAAAGGUUUAAUAAGGAUGAUAGGAGCAAGUCUGGAGCUGCUCGUGCCCUGAAAGGGCUAAAGUUCAUGACCAAAAAUGUUGGAAGUGAAGGUUGGUCUGAAAUUGAAGCCAGGUUUCAUGAAUUGGCUGUUAAUGGAUCCCUUCCGAAAUCGCUAUUCGGCCAAUGUAUAGGAAUGAAAGAAUCGAGUGAAUUUGCAAGCGAAUUGUUUGAUGCAUUGGCUCGCAGGAGAGGCAUAACAACACCUUCCAUAAUCAAGGCUGAACUGCAUGAAUUCUGGCAACAAAUUACAGACCAGAGCUUUGAUGCUAGGCUACAGACCUUCUUUGACAUGGUGGACAAGGAUGCAGAUGGGAGGAUCACUGAAGAGGAGGUGAAAGAGAUUAUUGCAUUAAGUGCCUCUGCUAACAAGUUAUCAAAGAUUCAAGAACAAGCAGAGGAGUAUGCAGCUCUAAUCAUGGAAGAACUGGACCCUGACAACCUUGGAUUCGUUGAGUUAUACAACUUGGAAAUGUUACUUCUUCAAGCUCCAAGCCAAUCAGCAAACCUAGCGACCGAUAGUCGCCUUUUAAGCCAACUUCUAAGCCAAAAGCUUGUGCCAACGAAAGAUCAUAACCCCAUCAAGAGAGGUUACCGGAGGCUAGCCUAUUUCGUCGAGGACAAUUGGAAGAGAAUUUGGGUCCUGGCACUGUGGCUUGCAAUUUGUGCUGGUCUAUUCACUUGGAAAUUCAUUCAGUACAAGCACCGUGCCGUUUUCCAUGUGAUGGGCUAUUGUGUUACCACAGCUAAAGGUGCAGCUGAGACACUUAAGUUCAACAUGGCACUGAUUCUUUUCCCAGUUUGCAGAAAUACCAUUACUUGGCUUCGAAGCAAGACCAAGUUAGGAAUGGCUGUUCCCUUUGAUGAUAAUAUCAAUUUCCAUAAGGUAAUUGCUCUAGGGAUUGCUAUUGGAGUUGGGCUACAUGCUGGUGCACAUCUUACGUGUGACUUUCCCAGGCUACUACAUGCCACCGACGACGAGUACCAGCCAAUGGAGUCAUUUUUUGGCAAGCAUCGGCCCGAUGACUAUUGGUGGUUCGUGAAAGGGACAGAGGGAUGGACCGGUGUAGUGAUGGUGGUGCUUAUGGCUAUAGCCUACACGUUAGCCCAACCUUGGUUCCGAAGGAAUAGACUAAACCUUCCUAAAACCCUGAAGAAGCUAACAGGAUUCAAUGCCUUCUGGUAUUCACAUCACUUAUUUGUUAUUGUCUAUAUCCUCUUCAUCAUCCAUGGAUACUAUCUUUACCUCUCCAAGAAAUGGGAGAAGAAAUCGACAUGGAUGUAUCUUGCCGUCCCAAUUUUAUUAUAUGCGUGCGAACGCUUGAUUCGUGCGUUUCGAUCAGGUUAUAAAACCGUACGAAUAUUGAAGGUUGCAGUGUAUCCUGGAAAUGUUCUGGCAUUGCAUAUGUCCAAACCUCAAGGAUUUAGAUACACUAGUGGGCAAUAUGUAUUUGUAAAUUGCUCUGCUGUCUCUGCAUUUCAAUGGCAUCCAUUUUCUAUCACUUCUGCUCCUGGAGAUGAUUAUCUGAGCAUCCAUAUUCGCACUUUAGGUGACUGGACAUCACAGCUCAAAGCUGUUUUCUCUAAGGUAUGUCAGCCUCCAUCAACCAAUCAAAGUGGCCUUCUAAGAGCCGAUAUGGCACACCGCGAUAAUCAGCCUAGGCUGCCAAGGCUGUUAAUCGAUGGACCUUAUGGAGCACCAGCACAGGACUACAAGAAAUAUGAAGUUCUCCUUCUUGUUGGACUUGGCAUUGGUGCCACCCCUCUGAUAAGCAUAGUUAAAGAUGUGCUUAACAACAUUAAGCAGAAAAAAGAAAUGGAAGAAGGGAUAGUAGAAAGUGAUGUGAAGGGCAACAUGAAAAAGCCUUUCGCGACUAAACGAGCCUACUUUUACUGGGUCACUCGCGAGCAAGGCUCGUUCGAGUGGUUCAGAGGAGUGAUGAAUGAGGUAGCGGAGUAUGAUCAAGAUAGGGUUAUUGAACUUCAUAAUUACUGCACAAGUGUUUAUGAAGAAGGUGAUGCUCGAUCAGCAUUGAUCACCAUGCUUCAAUCUCUUCAACAUGCUAAAAAUGGCGUUGACAUAGUCUCCGAAACCAGGGUUAAGACUCAUUUUGCUAGACCGAAUUGGCGAAAAGUUUUUAAGCGUGUAGCAGUUAAUUAUCCUGAUCAAAGAGUUGGAGUGUUUUAUUGUGGUGCACCUGGAUUGACCGGGGAACUAAGAAGAUUGGCUCUAGAUUUCUCUAGGAAAACUACAACCAAGUUCGAUUUCCAUAAAGAGAAUUUUUAA